AUGCUCGUCAUCCCCCAUCCCGACGAUGCCGAAGGCGGCGUUGGCGGCACCGUCGCCAAGUGGGUCGCAGAAGGCACUGAAGUCGUCUUCGUCCUCUGCACCAACGGCGACAAGGGCACGAGCGAUCCCGAAAUGACCACCGAAAAGCUCGGUGCCAUCCGAGAGAAGGAGCAGGCAGCGGCAGCGGAAUGCCUGGGCGUCAAGGAGGUCAUCUACCUGAGGUAUGGUGACGGCGAACUUGACGACACCGCUAAGUUCCGUGGCGAGCUUGUCAGAGCCAUCCGUAAGCACAGGCCCGACGUCGUCUUCUGCACAGACCCCUUCCGCCAGACCUUCUACCUCCACCGAGACCACCGGAUAUCCGGGCAGGUCACGCUCGACGCCGUCUUCCCCUACGCUCGCGACUUCCUGCACUACAACGAGCAUAUUCAGGAAGGCUUGGAGACACACAAGGUUGGCGACAUUCUCAUGUGGGGCACCGAGCACCCCGACACCUUCAUAGACAUCACCGACACCAUUGACAACAAGAUAAACGCACUGAAGAAGCACGCAAGUCAGGUCGCGGGCUCCGGCAGAGACGUUGAUCGCUUCGUCAAGGUCAACGCCCAGAAUCAGGGCCAGAUGGCAAACAUGCCCUACGCCGAGGGCUUCAAGCGCAUCCGGUUCCGCACCUAG